AAGACGACGAUGGGUCCAGCUGUAAUCUCCGGUUAAUAUACCCCAUGAGAGAGAGAGAGAAAGAGCCUGACGUUUUGAAGCUGUUGCUGUAGCUUUAAUUUGGGAGCUUCGGUCGCUUCCUGUUUUGUUGCAUUUUGCAGGGUCAGAAGAAGUAGAGGGAGAAGUAAAAAGUUCUAUAUUAUUAUUAUUAUUAUUAUAUGUGCGAGAUUGAGACUGAAGGUUGUAGAGUUUUCGAUCUGGGUCUCUGAAGCAAAUCCAACGCGGAUUCUGGGUUGCCCCCAGAAAUUCGUGUAGCUAGAGAUGGACCAAACCACCAUUGAGCGUUCUCCAAAUGGGCGGAGGGGUUUUCGAGUUCAAGCUCCGCUGGUUGAUUCUGUAUCAUGCUAUUGUAAAGUCGAUUCAGGCUUGAAAACAGUUGCUGGGGCUAGAAAAUUUGUUCCAGGAUCUAAAUUAUGCAUUCAACCUGAUAUUAAUCCUCAUGCGCACAAGACAAAAAGCUCACGCAGGGAAAGGGCAAGAUUUCAGCCACCUCUCAUACCAGGCCUUCCUGAUGAUCUUGCUAUUGCUUGUCUAAUUCGAGUCCCCCGUGUUGAACAUAAUAAACUUCGCCUGGUUUGCAAGAGAUGGUAUCGCCUUUUGGCUGGAAACUUCUUUUAUUCUCUUAGGAAAAGUCUUGGAAUGGCGGAAGAGUGGGUUUAUGUCAUUAAAAGAGACCGUGAUGGGAGGAUUUCAUGGCAUGCUUUCGACCCCACCUACCAGAUCUGGCAGCCACUUCCACCUGUUCCCAGUGAAUAUAGUGAAGCCCUUGGGUUUGGUUGUGCUGUUCUGAGUGGUUGCCAUCUGUACUUAUUUGGGGGGAAAAAUCCACUGAAUGGAUCUAUGAGGCGUGUCAUUGUCUAUAGUGCUCGAACAAAUAAAUGGCAUAGAGCACCAGACAUGCUACGGAAACGUCACUUUUUUGGUUCAUGUGUCAUAAAUAAUUGCCUUUAUGUGGCUGGUGGAGAAUGCGAGGGAAUCCAGAGAACUCUCAGGUCUGCUGAAGUUUAUGACCCCAACAGGAACCGCUGGAGUUUCAUAGCUGAUAUGAGCACAGCUAUGGUCCCUUUUAUUGGAGUUGUUUAUGAUGGAAAAUGGUUCCUAAAAGGACUUGGGUCCCACAGACAGGUCCUGAGUGAAUCCUAUGCACCUGAAAAUAAUUCUUGGACUCCAAUCAGUGAUGGUAUGGUUGCUGGUUGGCGCAACCCUAGUAUUUCUAUGAAUGGGAGGCUAUAUGCUUUGGAUUGCCGUGAUGGCUGCAAACUGAGGGUUUAUGACGAAUCCACAAAUUCUUGGAACAGAUUCAUAGAUAGCAAACUCCAUCUAGGGAGCUCUCGUGCAUUAGAGGCUGCUGCUCUUGUUCCCCUUAAUGGAAAGCUUUGCAUCAUUCGUAACAAUAUGAGCAUCAGCAUGGUUGAUGUCUCUAGUCCUGAUAAACAAGUGGAGAGUAACCCUCACCUUUGGGAAAAUAUUGCUGGAAAAGGUCACAUCAGAACCCUUUUCACAAAUUUAUGGUCAAGUAUAGCCGGACGAAGUGGAUUGAAAAGUCAUAUUGUGCACUGUCAGGUGCUUCAAGCAUGAUGUUCUGCACUCCAUAGUCUUCACCUGUUAUGGCCGUGUUGGUACAAUGACAAGUUACUGAAGUUAUUGAUGCUUUGUUUGCCAACCAAGAUGUCACAUUUAAACUCUUGCUGUUCUGUUCUUUUCGACUCUGUUGUGAAGAUGGAUCAGCGACAAUGUGCUGCAAGUGUGGAGUUACUUCUCACUUCAGGAAAAAAAAUUUUGUUCCAGAGAAUUGGAAAUGGAGAUCAUAUUGGCAGUGUAUUAUAUAAAACUGAGGCAGAAAAGGGACUUAAGCAGAUUGUUCAUUAGGAGCCUUGCAUAAAAAUGGAUUGUUCAUUGGGAGCCUGGCAUAAAUGUACUUGGAACUGAUGCUAUUUCCUCAUUCAGAUGGUACACAUGCAUUUACAAGGUGAAGGUAAUUUAGGGUUCAAUUUGGCAAUAGAUUUUUGAGCUCAUUUCUUUACAUUCAUGGCAAGAGGGCGGAUAGUUUUCAAACCUCUAAAUCUUUCUCAUUUGGAGCUGGGGCUGUUUAUUCGUUUGCGGAACCUUGUCUUUUUAGUAUGUAUUCUAGAGGUGCUUUGUGAAUAUGCAUAGUUUAUAAUAUAAGUAACAUUAAGGUCAA